GUCUUUAUCUUGAUUUUUCAACACACAGUUGUACUUUUAUUUUACAGGCUGUGAAGUCUCUACAUUUAUUUUUAAUGUUGGCUGAGAGAUAUUCUGAUUCUAUUAUGUGCAAGUAAUGUGCAAAAGGACGAUCAAUCUAAACAAAUACAAGGAUUUGCACUAUAUCAUCAUAGACGAGAUAACAGCUCUUCAGGGCUGGUGUCUUGAUUACGCUGACCGAUUCAUGAAAUGGGUCAAGCAAAACGAUGAACCAUUUGGAGGUUUAUCUAUAAUAUACGUUGGAGACAUGCUCCAGUGUCAAAUAGGGCAAAAGUUUUGUUUUGCCCAAUGCUGGACAGACGUAAUGUUCACCGAAUUAACAGCAGCACACCAACAAGACAUCGACCAGGACCCUUUUUUUACAGCGCCUGGUGAGAUGGAGGUUCGGUGUGAAUUGUGCCAAGGUGAUUGGAAUAUUGUGGUGAUCGUGGAAAAAUUUCUAACAUUUGAGAGACCAAAUUGUGCCGUUCUUGUGCGGUUCAAUUCAACAGCGGAUAAAAUAAACAAUGCAAUCGUAAAGAAGAAAUUUGAAAAGCAUUUUAUCGUUUACAACGAACUUUACAAACCUGCAGCAAUCGAUGGUCCAAUGCGCACAAAAAUCGAAGGAGAUGAAGAUUACUUUUACAUUGCUAGAGGGAGCCGUUCACAAGCCGAUACAGAUAUUCCCAAAAAAUUAUAGUCAACGGUGGUGAGAUUGGCACAGUAUAUGGAUUCGAUAGGGAAAACGAAGGAUUCAUUUUUCGUAUAAAAUAGAAACCGAUCAACCACGGCGAAUGGUACAAGCUGAGCCGGCAUAGAACCCAGAAUGGAGAGCUCGUUAAUAACAUUUUUGGGUUGAAAGCGGCACACUCGAUGAACUGCGUCAAGGGUCAAGGGUUGAAUAUAGAUAAGGUGAAAAAUUAUGCAAACAGUUUUAUGAAUCACUGAUACCGUUUCAUUUUGGUUACGAAAUCGUUUUUUGCUGGCUUAUCAGUGAAGUGCCACGAAAAUUUCCCAUAUAAGUAAUGCCUUCAUUUACAAUUACUUCGUUUGAAAAUGAUUGCAACUCUUCUAUUUUUCAUGUGCUGUUUGCAUUCUACGCUGUCAAAAACACAUGAUACGUAUCCAACACUUUAUGUAAACAUUUUC